CGCGCCCUAAGUACUAGACCGCCUAGAGACCUAGAGGGGCUACUCGUAUAAAAGCGCCCGCCUCCCAACCUGGCCAGUGCUCCACCGAACACGACAACAUGAAGGCUAUCCUGUGCGUUUUCCUGCUGGCCGCAGCUGCCGUAUACGGCGCAGAAGAGAAGAAGAACGAGAAACGCGGCGUGCUAGGGCUCGGUUACGGCGGGCUUGGCUACGGCGGGUUGGGCUACAGCGGGCUGGGCUACAGCGGGUUGGGCUACGGUGGGCUGGGGCAUGGAUACUACGGCGCCGGGCUGGGGCAUGGAUACUACGGCGGCGGGCUGGGGCACGGGCUGGGGCUGUACGGCGGGCACGGCGUGUAUGGCGGCCAUCUAGCAGCACCCAUCGCCGCACCCAUCGCGCAUGCUCCCCUCAUCAGCCAUAGCGUAGCAGCACCUAUCGGCGUGGGCUACCACGGCGCGCCACUUCUCGGCCUCGGUCAUGGCUGGCAUUAGGCCCCGGCCUCUAGGCCUCGCGUCUACACGACUUAUGAUAAGGUGUCGUCGAGUGAUAGUGCCAAAUUAAGUCUUCGCUGUCUAUUCAAUAAAUUAAAAAUCGGAA